AUGAUAACUUGCCAAGACCAGCGUCAGAAGCCCACAGAGGAAACUGGAUGCAGAGACCACCACUCUGCAAGAGUCAUGAAAACCAGCUUUGUCCAGCUAUUCUUAAUUUUUUGGUUAAACGUAUUCGGUGUGAGAUCUGAAGUCGAUCAAGGUUUUAGCCACUGCCUGCAAUACUUUUACAAAAGUGCCCCACCAAGACUUACUCGGAGCUUCGCUGAUCCACCCAAGGGCAUCUGCCAACGGUACGACAACGCAUAUCGCUAUGCCACACUGUACAGUACCAGCCUAAGGAUUCCCGUGUACUCAGCUUACACUCUGCCUGAACCUUGCACGGGCUCUCCCGGGGCAGAGAGAAGAUCUAGAUGGUUUGUCGAGCCUCAGCUUCUGGUAGCCUCUGACACAAGAUCGAAGAGCAAUAUGGAGACAGCUUCCCAGCAAACUGAACGUUACAAGACAGUGCAAGCCAUCAACGCAGACUACCGUAACACAGGUUACGACAGGGGCCACCUCAAUCCAAACUUCUACCAAUGUGGCAACGGAGGAACAGCAACGUUUACCUUAACAAACGCCGUUCCUCAAGACCCUUGCUUCAACCAACAGUCGUGGAAGAAAAUGGAAGAGGUAACUCUUCAAACAAUGAGGACCAAUUGCUCUUUUGCUGGCGCCAGACGCUAUUUUGUGACAGGAACUGUUCAACAGAGAACACGAAUUCCAAACAGAGAACAUGACUUGGAAGGAGACGUGGCUAACAGAGAUUUCAAUCGAGUCACCGUCCCAGUUACCUCUGGACAGCUCGUAAGUGAACUAGAGGCAAGACUUACUAGUAAUGACCUUGCCCAAGAUCGUUACCAAGCGGCAAAAAUCUUUGUAGAUGACUGCAAUGAGAAUUCAGCAAAAUCAAAAACUGCACGAGCUCAAGUUGCAGUUCCCGUAAAUUUACGAUUGGCAAAUGCAGCGAAUGACUUAAGCAGGGUGGAACAAUCAACUAUUCCUCUCAAGAAACGCAAAGUCCUCCAGGGGGCAGUUAGUUUGAUACAAGGCAACGGUGUAUCUGCGAAAGGUUAUUCCCUUGCUCGAAUAGAGUUGGGUAUAGAUUUACCAAGAGACGCUGAAAUGCUAGAGAGGGCUAGAAAUGCAAUGUACUCCAGUGGAGCUAGUUUAUUGCUGUAUAACGCUAAGGCACCCCUGCCGCUCCUAAACCGCGAUAAACCCGGGAUCGUGGCAAGUGGGCACAAUUCUUCCAGCUUACACCAUGUAGCUCCCAACAGAAACAUCAAGAACAAGAACAAGUACAAGAGCAAUAAAGAGGGACCAUCUUGGCUUUCCUAUUUCAAAUUUCGACCGAGAGAACCCAAGUUAAGUGAAGUCGAUGACGUUCAGCGGCAACGCUCGAACGACCAAGCUUCUCCGCCACCGGUUGACGAGUAUUUGAUUGUCCCAAAUCUUGCAGCAGAUGAGUCAGAUGUCACAAUUCAAGGCAAGCGCUGCAUAGAUUCAACUUGCGGUUUUAAUGGCAAGAAGGAGAAGUGGUGCUACACUGACUGGGCGAAAUCGGCGGAGGCCAAAUGCUGUUUUACCCAAUGUAAGUUUAAUGGCGGAAAGGAUCAUCAGACUUGCCAAACAAACAAUACCAAGUCCACCGAGACCUCGUGUUCAGUCAGAUAUUCUUCCAUCAAUGUGAAAGGCCAGCGCUGUUUGGCUGAACAUGAAUGCGGCCUCCAUGGGUACAAUUACUACUGGUGCUACAUAGACUUGGACAAGAACUGGGAUUACUGCUGCCAACCCUGGCACGUUUGUGACACGCAUAAAUACAGCUACAAAUGGUGUUAUACCGGCAAAACAAAAGAAUCGAAGGACCAGUAUUGUAGCUAUUAA